GACCACGGAAGUUAAAUCUCAAUCUCAUGCGACAUGUCCACGUUUUCUCAAUCGUCUUUGUCGACGACUUCACGGUCAUGGUUUUCGAAAGUUCUCACAGUUCGAUCGAAGAAACAAUCAACCACCUCUACUUGCUACAUCGAGGAUUUGAUCGCUUCCGAAUCCGAUCAUCAUCAUCAAAAUCGACCUAGACAGAGAUAUUGUAGAGGAAUGUCGCCGGCGGGAGAUUCAACGGCGAACGAUGAAUCAGUUGAGGAAUCUCCAGGGAGAUUAAGAAGAACGCCGGCGAUGGGAACUCCGGGAAGGAAAAAGACGGCGACGAUUGGGAUUGGUAGAAGUGUAUCUGGGAUGGCUUUUUGCUUAAGUCCAUUAGUGAGAGCUAAACCUAACUGUUCUUCUAAUUGGAAAGCGAAAUUUCCGCCGGAUUUUGGAUAUUCCGGUGAAUUGAAGUCUCCGGCGAAGCCUCAUCUUUCAACGGCGGCGUCUUUUUGCGGUAACCGGUCUAAGAAGCUUGUGGAUUUAGCUAUCAUCAUCGUCUUUUGUUUGUUUGUUCCUAACGUUUCUCUUUCUUCGAACAAUCUCCAGAAAACCAAACUAUCCCGUCCGGAGAGAAGUGAAUUUGACUUCCUCUACUCGUGUCACGCGAUGUCGGACUCUGGUGGUGGUGGUUCUCACAAGUCCUCCACAACAAAAUCUUCCAUUUUCGGACUAAACCUCUACUUAGUCAUCGCGAUUUGUUCUGUUUUCAUACUCUUGAUAUCACUCUUGAUCUUCCUCUUCGUCUGCUUGAACCGCGUCUCACGCGCUCGUAAAAUGCGCGUGAAGCACAGCUCCGGCUCCAUCCCGCUCGUCUCUAAAGAAAUCUCGGAGAUCAAGACUGUCGGAAAAUUUAUAAACUCCGACGAUUCCAAGGGUAAAAUCGGAAACGAAGUUGUUGUUGUUGUCUCCGCCUCAAGCAAAGAAACGACGAGUGGGUUUGAUACUUUGUCGGUGGCUUCGAGCGGUGACGUUGGCUCUGAGGUAAUGGGAUGGGGAAGAUGGUACAGCUUAAAAGAUCUGGAGAUUGCGACACGUGUCUUCUCCGAUGAUAACAUGAUCGGUGAAGGAGGCUACGGUGUUGUUUAUAGAGCUGAUUUCUCCGACGGUUCUGUCGCCGCCGUCAAGAAUCUCCUUAACAACAAGGGUCAGGCAGAGAAAGAGUUCAAAGUUGAAGUAGAAGCAAUUGGGAAAGUAAGACAUAAGAACUUGGUUGGUCUGAUGGGAUAUUGUGCUGACAGUGCUCAAAGGAUGCUUGUGUAUGAAUAUAUUGAUAAUGGAAACUUGGAGCAGUGGUUGCACGGUGAUGUAGGUCCGGUGAGUCCUCUCACGUGGGAUAUCCGCAUGAAGAUUGCCAUUGGAACAGCAAAAGGAUUAGCCUAUUUACACGAAGGGCUUGAACCUAAGGUUGUGCACCGUGAUGUGAAGUCUAGUAACAUCUUACUCGAUAAGAAAUGGAACGCAAAAGUGUCUGAUUUCGGUUUGGCCAAGUUAUUAGGAUCUGAGACAAGCUAUGUGACAACUCGUGUGAUGGGAACUUUUGGAUAUGUUUCACCGGAAUAUGCAAGUACGGGUAUGCUCAAUGAGUGUAGUGAUGUCUACAGUUUCGGUGUUCUGCUCAUGGAGAUCAUUACAGGAAGGAGCCCGGUCGAUUAUUCAAGACCGCCUGGCGAGAUGAACUUAGUGGAUUGGUUCAAAGGAAUGGUUGCAAGUAGACGUGGAGAAGAAGUUAUAGACCCUAAAAUCAAGACUCAACCUCCUCCAAGAGCUUUGAAAAGAGCUUUGCUUGUUUGUUUGCGUUGCAUAGACCUUGACGCUAGUAAACGACCAAAGAUGGGACAAAUCAUUCACAUGCUUGAGGCUGAAGAUUUUCCAUUCCGUCCUGAACACAGAUCAAACCAGGAAAGAUUGAAGUGAGAAAGCUUCUAGGGCAAACAAUAAUGUCUUGAGGAAGACCACACUUGAGAGUUGAUGCUAUUCGUUACACAGCCAUAUAUUAAUAGAUGUUGUUUUCAUGUUUGUUCUUAUAUUGAGGAAUUGAUAUGCAAAAGAUAAAAUUGGAAAAGUGAGAUUAGAUAUUAUGAGGAUGGAAUUCAGAUUUAAGGCUUGUAAUUUGUAAAUAUCAUAUAUAUUGUAUAAUAAAACAGUGAACUCAAA